AUGGAAGCUGAGAUGGAAGAGAUCAAGCGUCGCCUGACCGAAAUGGACACGAUUGAUAACGCGUAUAGCUCUCGUCAGCUCGAGGCGGAAGAAAUCGCCGAGCGUGCGGCUGCAGCGAUGGCUGAUGCUUUGGACGCGCAAAUCGGAGACGACGACAAAGCGUACGUCUUAUUGCAUCUGUGGUCAGAGUAUGAGUCGUCUUGGUUGACUUUGGAGAAGCGCAUCGCUGAAACACUCACUAAUCGAUGCGAUGAGACGAUGUUCAUUCACGCGCACGACAUUCCUUGGCCUCCGGAUGAGGAAUCGAUGCUCGCGCAGAUGGCUGCGAUGGAGCAGUGGAAUGAUACCAAAACAACCGCACUGGCGGCGUACAAGAGGGCGUUUAGGAAAGCUUCACUGCGUUGGCAUCCAGACAAAUUUGCAGCAAAGUUUGGAAAAUAUCUCGAUCCCAAGGAUGCGGAUCAAGUCCAAGAACGCGUGCGGGGAGUGUCUCAAGCGAUCAAUGAUGCCUGGAGUGAAAUCAAUCGUUACCAGCCAUGA